UUUUUUUCAGUUGUUGACAUUAAUAUUUUUUCCAUCCAUGGACAUCUGUAUUUGUUGUUAAUUAUGUCGAAAAAUAUGGUUUGUACAAAUUGUAAUCGUUUAAAUUUGGUUGUUGAUGAACAAAAAUCUAAACUACAACUGUUGGAAACACGAUUAAAAGAUUUGAUUCGAGCAUAUAAAGUGAUCUGUAAAGAACGUGAUCAAUUACAACAUGCAAUUUCAUCAUCAUCGAUUGGUGUUGAUGAUCAUGUGGAUCAACGACAGCAAAAACGGAUUUCCGAAUUGGAACAAAAUGUUUGCCAUAUGAGCACAUUAUGUGGUGAAUUAGAACAUGGGAGAAAACAAGAUCAAGCUCGAAUCAAGGAUCUUCAAGAAAAAUAUGAACUUCUUCUGUUAGAAUUGAAUAAUACCAAAUCGACGAUGAUAAUUCAACAAAAACCGCAAAUUUCUCAGAAUGAACCACGUAAAUUACAAAAUAAUUACUGUCAAACAGAUGCAAUCAUUGAAAUAAAAUCUGAAAAAUCCACACAAACUGAUUUGAUUUGUGAUCAAGCUCAGUCUUCUGAACACGCCAACAAACAAUUGGAUCAGCAUCAGGUUUUUUUCAAAAAUAAAAACGAAACAGCAAUCGUAGCUCCAUUGAUGAGAAAUAAUUCAAAAACAAUAUCCGAAUCUAGUGAUUGUUCAUCAACAGCUGCCAGUUUAACGCAAAAUUCUUCAAUUACGCCUAUAGACACUGAAAUUGAUUCGAAAAUUGCAUCCGAUCAAUUUGGCUCCACUUCUGGUAUUUCUUUAUAUCAUUUGAAUGAAUUAGCUCGUAAAGAAUUGGAAUUGGCCGAUUAUCGUCUUCGUAUUCGUGAAUAUGAAUGUUCACUUCGAGAAUUACAAUGGAACUAUUCGAAUGGUAGAUAUAAAUAUCAGGCACGAAUUGCCGAUCUAGAAAAAUUAAAUAAAGAUUUAAUGGCGAAUAAUCAUGAUGAUCAUCGGCUAAAAAAUGAUUCCAAUGGCUAUAACAAUAAUAUCAACAUAGCUUAUGUCAAAAAUGUAUUGAAUAAAUUGCUGAAAACCUCCGAUAAAAAUCAACAAAAAUUAAUGACUGAUGCAUUGAUCACGGCAUUGGAUUCGAUGCAAGUGAAUAAAUGAUAAUUUUAUUUAAAUUUAAUAAUUUUUAUAUUUAGUAUCAAUUUGUAUAUUUAUAAUUCCUUUUGGCGAACAAUGAAAACAAUAUUAUCACCACGAAUGACCAUUUGU